GGAGCGAGAAGCAUUGAGUGUCGUGAGUAGUUCUGGACUAGAGAACUCUUGGAACCACAAGAAAGACAGUCUUGAAUCUAACUUAAUGGUGAGAUUUUUACACCUCCGGGCAGAUGCACUCCAUAGAGACAGCAAGAAAUCAAGGAUUGGAAAUACAUAAGGAAUUAAUGAGUAUGAUGCUGAAAAUUUAUGGAGGUGAAUUGCUUAUGGCGGAAAGGCCUGAAACAUAUGGCUCUUCCAAGUUCUUACCAAGAAAGUCACUGUGAUGACAGUGAUGGGUCAAGAGGCCAGUGGAGAACAUCGUAGGAGAGAGCCAUAGAAAAUGUACACUUCAGAAGAAAGAUGUAGCCAGAGAACUCAGAAAAGGAAAAUUUAUCAUGUAUGCCCUCAGAAGGGUAAAAAGAUUUUUAUUCGUGUGCAUGAGCUCACCCAAAUAGAUGAUCAGAUAUAUCAGUGCCUUGAAAGCAAGCAAAACUUCUGUGAAAACCUAUCUUUUAUUAUGUGUGAGAGAACCCAUACUGGGGAGAAACCUUAUAGAUGUGAUAUGUGUGAGAAAACCUUCAUCCAAAGCUCAGAUCUUACUUCACACCAGAGGAUUCACAACUAUGAGAAACCUUAUAAAUGUAGCAAAUGUGAGAAGAGCUUUUGGCAUCACUUAGCCCUUUCAGGACACCAGAGAACACAUGCAGGUAAAAAAUUCUAUACGUGCGAUAUUUGUGGCAAGAAUUUUGGUCAGAGUUCUGAUCUGCUUGUCCAUCAGCGAAGCCAUACAGGCGAAAAACCUUAUCUCUGUAGUGAGUGUGAUAAGUGCUUCAGCCGAAGCACAAACCUCAUAAGGCACCGAAGAACUCACACAGGUGAGAAGCCGUUUAAGUGUCUGGAGUGUGAAAAAGCUUUCAGUGGAAAAUCAGAUCUUAUUAGUCACCAGAGAACUCAUACCGGUGAAAGGCCCUACAAAUGUAAUAAGUGUGAGAAAAGCUACCGACACCGCUCAGCCUUCAUCGUGCAUAAGAGAGUCCACACUGGGGAGAAGCCCUAUAAGUGUGGUGCCUGCGAGAAAUGCUUUGGCCAGAAAUCAGACCUCAUUGUGCACCAGCGAGUCCACACAGGCGAGAAGCCGUAUAAAUGCUUGGAAUGUAUGAGGAGUUUUACUCGGAGUGCCAACCUGAUUAGACACCAGGCAACUCAUACCCACACUUUUAAAUGCCUUGAAUAUGAGAAGAGUUUCAACUGUAGCUCAGACCUUAUUGUGCAUCAAAGAAUUCACGUGGAAGAGAAGCCACAUCAGUGGUCCACUUGUGAGAGUGGCUUCCUCCUAGGUAUGGACUUUGUUGCCCAGCAGAAAAUGAGAACUCAGACAGAGGAACUACAUUACAAAUACGGCGUCUGUGAUAAAAGCUUCCACCAGAGCUCUGCCCUUCUUCACCAGGCAGUACACACUGGUGACAAGCCCCGAGUCUGUAAUGUGGAUGAGAAAAGUCUCGAACUCAGCCCUCCCCAUGCAUUGGAAGCCUCGCAGAUGUCUUGACUGGACAAGAAGUUCUGAUCCCACAAAAUUUACACGUACUUCCAUGUCAGAGAACUCAAUAAGACCAAGACUGUAGGCAAUUCUCACACUUCUCAGUGCUCAAACAUCAAAGCGGAACCAGUGAACCCGUCAUAGGAAGUGUGAGCAGUGUUUUGCCCAGAGAGCUGCCCUGGCAGAAACCGUAUCACUCACUUCAGAGAGAACCUGGAGAUUCCCUGCAUUUUGGAAAACAUGUAGUCUGAGCUCAAAUUUGAUCACUCACGAGAUUUACACAGAUGGGAGCCUCACACAUGCAGUGAGUGUAAGUGCCAUUCCAGCAGCGUUCAGCCCUCCUCCUGGCAAGAGAACUCGUGUCAGAAAACAGCCGAAAUGUUUUCAGAGUCAGUAUUGAGGCAGUAUGCACAGCUCAUUAGAUAUUGGGGGAAGCACAGCCCAGAAACGUGAAAAACAUCUAAUGAAACUCUUGACUUUUUCACAAAUCAGAGAAGCCAUACUGGUAGAAACUUGUAUAUUUGUUUUGAGUGUGGCAAAAGCAUUGUUUUUUGAGAGCCUUACUUGGGUUUGCAUCCCCACAAAGAAUCCAACCUGAGGAAAGGCAGGUGUCUGAAUGAGCAGAGCUUGUGAUCAGCUCUUGAGGUACUCACAUGAGUGAAAGCCAUCAAUACCUUGAGUGUGGGGAAAGCUGUGCUAGAAGCUCCCAUCUUAUUGGGCCCCAAAGAAUCCAUUCUGCAGAGAAGUCUGCUCCAGGGAGAGAGCUAAUUGUGGGUGAGAAUCUGUGUACAUAAAUAUGAGAACUGUUCUCAGUGUGGUAGAGACGGCUACAUGGAACAGUGUGGACAUAGUCUUUUAGAUCCCGGAGCUUGUUCUGGGAAGAACUAGGGCAGGUCAGACUAGACCUGAUGGGUAACUCAGGUAAAGAUACUUUCUUUUAUCUGAACCAUUAAUGAUUGCUUUACUUUCACUUUCUAAAAUUCAGAAACCCAAUAAAGGAAAGGACUGCAA